AUGUCGGAGGGUGAUGCGAAAGUGCUCAAUUUGUUCGAAUUAGACUGCGAUUUCCCGAAAACUUCCAGUUCUGAGGCCGUCUCUUCGCUGAGUGCACCUAUUUCCAGUGAUGUCGAUUUUUCUACAGUUUUUUCUUCUCCACGACCAUCUAAUACUACGUUCCGCAGCUCUAACAGUGAUGCUUCAGUAAGUUCUUCUGUUUCAAUCCAGGUGAGAAUACCUAAAACAAAAAAAUUGAAAAAAAUAGGCUAUCUCCAAAUUUAUUUUUUUAUGUUUUUGUUAUUUUUAUUUUCUCUUUUCUCUUUAAGAAAGUUUUGGGCUCGAAUUUUUGCAAAACCCAAAAUUUUUAUACGAAUGAUGUCUUCGUUUUUAAAAUCAGCGUUUUUAAGUCUUUCAAGCCGCAAAAUCCAGACUUGAGCAAGGAACUGGAAUGCCAGAUAUGUGCAAAACUCUACGACAGGGUAAAAAAAUAAUUUCCAAAAGAAUAUUAGCCAGUAAUGGUGGCUUGCGGCCAUUCGUUCUGCGAGAUCUGCAUAGAACACCGGACGCGCACCCGCGACGACUGUAUCAUCUGCGGACUCAGCGUCGGAGAUCUUCACAGUAUGAUUCCCAGCAUCGCUCUUCUCAAUGUGCUGCGACUUCUUCAGUUUAAGUGUAAAAGACUUCUUUGCAGAUCGUCAAGAAAUACAAGGAAUCACAGGAAAUCACCGAUCUUCUCUACACUUGCGAAGAUGAGGCAAGGAUUUUUUUCAAUCGUUUUUUUGAGAACAUUCAACAAUGUUUUGCUGAAUGAAUCGAAUUUCUCAAAAUCUCCUUCGCGACGCAGAAGAAAAUAACUGAACUCCAGAUAAUCUACAGAAUCUUUAACAUUUUCAAUUUUUUGCGAAAAGAUUUGCACAGAAGUUGAAACGUGUUUCAAAACAAAUUCAAUAAUAUAAGGAAUUUAAUAAUUAAUGAGGCAUUAGACCUCUCAUAAAUCUCUUGUGAAUUUUCUGGGAGAGGGCUCCGUACCUUUCAGUGAUCUAUCAUUUGUUUACUUUAAAUCAUAGUUAGUCAUUUUAAAUGUAUGAUAUUGAAUGAAAAUAUUUUUUUCAGGACAUGAGUAAUGCGUCUUCUGAAAAUUUAAGCAAAAGAAAGCAAUGUUUUUUCACCGUAGCCGCACCAAAAGUCUUCAGCAGGUUCUUCCUAUCCCACUACAGUAACUUAGUCUGCUUUUAGUCCAAUCGUCACGAUACGUCAGGACCUUCCACCGGCAGAUGCUCUGCCGGUCAAAGGCGUUCUCAAAACGCAGAUUUCCCAUGAAAUUCUGCCUGAGGACAAGAUUCCCAAAGUCGUCAACCGCAGUUGUUCUUACGCCCAUGUAACAUCUUUCAAUCGGAAUGGACUUGGUCGCAGAUCCGGUUCGAAUUGUUCAUAGUUUCAUCAAUGAAUUCUGCAAAAAAGUCUCCUUUUCGGUUCAUGAAAAAGAAAACAUAUUCUUUUCCAUUUUUGUAUUCAUUGAAUAAUAUAAUCAAAUAUUGCGAAGCUCGAAUAGCUUUUCCUUUCAAGAUUCUAAAGAAGGAUUUACUCAUCUUUCAAUCGAAGCUUGAUAAUGAUAUGGAUAAAUUUUCAGUUUCUUCCGCCAAUAGAUUCUUUAUUAUUCGUUUCUCUACAUAGGGGCUCUUUCUUUUAUACUUCAUAUCUACUUAGCGAUGCGGGGCGCCCCGUCAGCAGCUCUUGCUUAUUAUGAAAACAUUUGUGAGUCAACUCCUCUUCCAGGACUUAUUGUGUUCGUGACUUGUCCAAGUAUGACAAUGAGAUGGAAAUCGAUGAAAAUAAUUUUUCUUCUUGAAAUGUUAUUCUAUUUCCAGAAAGAUUCACAAGAUCGACCUCAUCACAGGCGAGAAACGUACAUGAGAAAAGCGUCAUUGUUGAAAGUUCAGAAAUAACGGUAUUAAAUUGUCAGAAUUCGUAAUUAAAUUUAGUAUCUCAGCGUAACUCUUUUCUGCGACGGAGUUUGAAUGCGAUUCGGCGUCGGAAUCAGAAAGAAAGUGUUCUUUUUGAAGAAACUCUCGACGGUGACUUUUUUUCUGUCUUUUUUCAAAUUUUAUGGUUUUCAGAUAGUGAAGAGAAACUCAUGUCUAUUCCUCCUUCUAAAACUAAACAAGGUUCAUCUGAAUCUGCUGCAUUCUCGUUUUGAUCCCUAUUUUCAGCUUUGAGCUCCAAAUCGUUCUGGAAGCGAUGGUUUCCCACCAAAUCGACUAAAUAUAGUUUAAUUUUGAACAUUCGAUCGUUAAUUUUAACUUUUCUUUCAGAGCUUAGACAAGUUUCUCAAUGGGAAGCGGAUUCGAAGCAACUAAAGGUUUUUUUUCAACGAGUUAGCCUUCGUUUUCACGAAUAGCAGGGAUCUCGAAUUAAAAAAUUUAAUAACUGCAUCUUUAGCAUUUUUUUUUUUGAUAAAAUCUUGAAACUUCCAAUUUUCAUUUAUCACUUUUCUACUUUAUUUUUCUUAUUAUCCAACUUUAUUAUUCUCGAACAUGUAAUAAUUACGAUAGUUUGGAAAAAAGAGGAAACUUACAGGAGGCUCUAUGCAGUUAUUCGAGGUCGGAAAAGUCUUUUGAAAAAAUCGGAAGAGGCGAGGAAAUCACUUUGGUGAUAUUUGGCCAUAAAAACUGCGGGAAAACGAGCUUUGUAUGGCUUUUUGAGAGUUCCUUUGCAACUUUUGAAUUCAGUUGGAGGCCAUCCGAAACGUUCUCGCGGUGGCCUGCGAAGAUUUUCACGUUGGUUUCCGGCUUCUGUCUCCAGGAGAACGUUUCUCGCCUGCAGAAGAAGCUUUUUUCGAUGAACGCAUUGUCUCCAUAGUUUUUUUUUCUUGCUAUUUUGAGUGAAUUGGCAAUAUUUAGGUUAUCGAAAUGAAUGGACAACCCGUCUAUGUUGAUUUGAUCGAAGGGGAAUACGAGCACGAGGUAAAGCGGAUUUGUUGACGGUUUUGGGAAAAUAUGUUCUUGUUGGAAUAUCACGUCUCUCUAAUAAAUACUCUUAUCUCUACGUGAGAUGGGUAUAUAAGGCGGCCCUUUUACCUCUUUCACACUUCUUCAUUCUACGAAUAAAUCUGCUCCUUCAACUUCGACUUUGGGCUACAGCGGACACAACAGUUCUUGAUUCUAAUUUUUUUCAAUAACUUGAGAUUAAAAAAAUGAAUUGAGAAGAAGAUUUUUUUCGAUAGGUUUUUUAUGUGCUUUUUAUUUUUGAAACGGUCUUUUUUUAAUUAAAUAAAAGUCAUAAAGAAGGUGUUGCAAACCAGAGGUGGAGAAUUGGGAAGGCAGCCCUUGGCUUGGCGGCCAAGCCAAGCCAAAAAAAGCCAAACGAUAGAAAUGAGCCAUUAAUUCACGUGGUCUUUGGCAACUAGGUCAAGUACGUGGCGAUAACGCCCUGAACUAAUCAUUAUCAAUUUUGUAAAUUUUUGAGUUGUUUUUUGCAACUUCGUGUUAACGUUUCUUAAUCUACUGUUACAAUUAUUUCAGCAGGGAAUUGUCACUGAAACGGGUCAAAAGGCUACCUUUUCAAUCUCACUAGAGAGCUAUUUCGACAAAAAAAUUUCAGAUGCUAUGAAAUUGAUGCAAAAGUAUUUCUCUUGAUUCACUUGGUUUCCAAAAAAGUCAAAUGACUGAAAAAUUCUAUUACGCCAGACCACCUCGUGAAGAGUGGAAGGCUUACAGUUAUCUACCUGGAAUUUUCCGGUGGUAUGAAAAUAAAAAAGUUUUUUUUUCACUUCCCGACUUUUUUCCCUUUUAUUUUUCGGUUCCUAAAACGUUUUUUUUGUCUACUUUUUUGUUUUUUAAUCAUGUAUCAACUACCUACUUUAUAUGGGAGGAUUCAAAACGAAGAGUUUAUUUAGCAAAAAAGUUGAAAAGGAUUAGUCGGAAAGUUCUCCGUCGGAAGCUCCCUAGCGAUAGGAAAAAUCAGAAAAAUCGCCGUUCGAGUUUUCGCUGAUCUUUUUUUCAUACCACCAUUUUUCCGUGUUUUUGUGUUUUUGUAAAAAAAGUUUCAUACAUCGCUCAAAACAAGCGCUUCUAGAUGCUAGGGCGAUAUCGCCAUACAAAUGACCGUCGCGCCACGCUGACUUUUGAAAAAGUCAUUUCUGCCUUUUGGGCGUUUAUGGCUUGGCAGGCAGGGCGGCCAGAGGGCAGCCAUCCUCCACCUCUGUUGCAAACAAUAAAAAAAAGCCGAAAAGUACUGUUCAGGUUAGAAAUAUGACUUCAAAGAAGAUAGAAAUGAUAGGUAGAAAUGAUACGAAGAAUAAUUUUGAAUGUGUUUUUUUUUCUUUUUAGAAACAUCUUGCGAGACUAGGAGUGUUAGUGGACAACCAAAAUGGAUAAGCCAUUCAACGUUUAAUUUCACUUUAUGAAAAUUUUGAAAAUAUGACAACUUAAAAAAUUAGCGAAGUCUAUUAAAACGCAACGCCAACUUACAUUAUUGACUAUAGAGAAGACUUUUUUUUCAAGAACUAUCCCCCAAGUGAGUACGCAUCGGCCGCAGACGCUGUCAUGAUCAUGUUGGAUUGCACGAAUUGCGCGAGUUUGUUGUCGGCCCAUCAGGUCGUCAGGUCAAUGGCCCAGGCAAAGAAGCAGAUAGACAAACAGGUCCGGUUAUACAAAUUAUCCUCUCCUUGUCUGUUUUUAAACUAGAGUUUCCUGAGAAAUUGACAACACAGUUCGAGAAAAGUUUGGGAAGUAGGGUAUCUGAGAAAAAAAAAACGAUGAGGAAUAUUGCAGGGCGAACUCAAAAGACAAUGAGCUAGGCAAAUUUAGUUUUUGGGAAGUAGAAAUGGUUAGAAAAACUUUGAAAGUGGAUCUAUGGCAUCCAAAAUAGCUCUUUUGCGCAUGUCCUCUGUCGGGAAAAGUUUAUAUUAUGCUUCAUUCUGAUGUUACAAGAAAAAUACAAGUUGAAUCUUGUUUGACUGAAAAAUUUCAGAUAGAGUACAGUGUAGUGGUCACUAAAGUGAUGACAAUGAGCGACUCGAGCCAGCGCGCUUUGAGCGACGGCGAGUGCUCUCAACUCGCCAGGUCUCUCCGCACCUCCCACUGGGAGGUCGAUUCCAGCCAGCGCUAUUUCGACUUUUCUGUUGUUGCUCAGGUUUCUUUUUUUGAAUACCUGGUCAUGUUUAGAACCCAGAGAAUGUUAGGGUUAAAAUAAAAUUUUCAAAUUUAGAGGGUUGGUCGUCCUAAAACACGAAAAAAAAAAUAGAUAGAAACAAGAGUGGAUAUUUUUUUCUAAUAAUCAGUUUAGAUGAUAAAGGGUGUUCAAAAAGUUUUUAGAAGCCUUUUUUGGAGAUAUUACUGAGACCGCCAAGAAAAUUUCUUGGUAAAAAAUCAAGAAUGUAUUAAGAUGCUGACGGAUCAAUGCUCCCGAGUUCUUUCAAAACGUGAAAGUGUUGCUCCAACUUCAGCGGUUUUAUAA